CUUUGCGAUUUAUUUGCAUUCAGUUUGUGCUGUGUUAGUGAGGUUACAAAAUGGAAACACAGAUAAUUCUACUAUUGUUCGCUCUACGUACUGUUUCUGCUCAACUUAUGAACAUACCACCAGCGCCUACGCUGCCUAAUUUAGAUCUCUCUUCAUUACCGGAGUACAUGCAGCGAUUAUUAGCAAAUAGACCGUCUGUAAUCUACGUUGAUAAAGCAAAUAAUCAUGAAGCGGACAAGGGAAAAGCAAGUAUUUUACAGGAUCGUCUGAAUUAUCACAUUCCUGGACAAAACAUUGGCACACCUAAAACGAAUACUAUGAACCCGAUAAGUAAUCAAGGAUACUCUUCAAAUCACAUUAACAACAUCAAACCUGAAGAACCCCUGUACGUGCCACACGCUCUUAAGAAACCUCACACAUAUGGAAUGCAUUUGAGAGGUGAUAAGGGAGAAAUAUGGAAUCAUUUUAGUGGAAGUCACUUCUAUGUCGACUUUGCACCAUCAGAAUCUAUCCAUCCCAACCUCAUACAAAAUAAAGAUGACAAACCAAACCAUCCCGAUACAAAUGACAGUAAAUUCACAAUUCGUGAAAAAAAUAAUCAUUAUAAACAAGAACACCCAUCGGUCACUACAGUUAAACCAGAAUUUUUGGAAACAACUUCUCAAAUUAUCCCAGAAAAAGGCCAUGAAAUCAUGGAAGCUCUAAAAUAUAAAAAUAUUAAUAAUCCUUAUCACCCCUCAAUUCCAAAUUUCAAAUCUGAUUUUCUAUACUAUAUGAUCCCUCAAUAUCUGUCACAAGAAAUCCCUGAUGACUUAGAAGUUCAGAAAGAUAAUGUUAACCACAAUGGUGGUUCUCAUCAAAAUUUUCCCUCAAUCCCAACGCCAAAACCUGAUAUACUAUACUAUACGACUCCUCAGCCUUUAUCAGAAGUAAUCCCUAAUGAUAGUGAAGUCCAGAAAGAUGUAAAUGUUAACCACAGUGAUGAUUCCCAUCAAAAUAUUCCCUUAACUUCAACGCCAAAACCUGUUUCUUCACAUUAUACGGCUCCUCAACCUUUAUCAGAAAAAUACCCUAAUAGUAUAGAAGUUCAGACAGAUAAAAAUGUUAUUCACAAUGAUGAUUUCCAUCCAAAUAUCCCAUCAAUCUCAACGUCUAAGCCUGAUAUAGUAUACUAUACAAGUCCUCAACCUUCAUUAGAAGAAAUCCCUGCCAUCGUAAAUCAUCAAGGCAGCACAGUAAAUUCUAAAGAAAACGAAAAUAGUACAGAAACCCCAAAAGAAAGCAUUGGUAAUGCAAUUUCAAAAGAUAAAAUUGAACAAUCCUUUGAUGAGAUCAGUGCUACAAUUGGUUCAAACAAAGAAAUUCAAUCAUCAAAAACUUUUGGAAUGAAUCUUACUGGCGAUCAUGGAUAUGUUUGGAAUGAUUUAAUAAAACCUGGACUUCAUUACGACGUGGGUGAAUUGGAAACAAGUGAUACUAAUCCGGCAACUGAAGAAAAGAUGAGUCCUUUUGAAAAAUUAAGAAGAAGGAAGGAAGAUACGCCUUCGAAUAAUAUGAAACCAGAAUUGGAUGAAUUGUUAAAAAAGGACAUUGAAAAAUUUAUCAAAAAAGAAGUAGCAAGACAGAUAGAAAAAGCUUUAAGUAAAAUAAAUACAGACAGAAACAAUGUUAGUGAAAAUAAUAAUAGCGGUGAUGUGGAAGCAAAAAAAGAAGAAGCAAAUAAGGACAACGCAAAUGGUCACAAUAAUAAUUAUGGUAGCAUAAUCGGCCAUGGUAAAAUCACAAACUUAUUCGUCUUCUAUCCAAAUGAUAAAAACUCGAUUUUGAGCAAACCAGUGAAUGAAAUUUUGAACAAUGAUACGAACGAAAAUAAGCCUGACCGUGACGUAUCAAUAACUGCUGAACCAACAGCGUUGCCUGACAUGAUAAUACCUGCGGAACCUACAGCGUUGCCUGGUAUGAUAAUACCUGCGGAACCAACAGCGUUGCCUGGUAUGAUAAUUACUGCGGAACCUAAUCAACUAAACACGAUUUUCACUAAUCCAACUAAUAUGAGAUUUGAAAAAUUCAAAGAAAAUGAAAUUACAACGCAGACGAUUGCAGCAACACCUAAAGUUGAUAAAACAACUGUUGAAAGAGCUACAAUAGAUCCAAACAAUCAAACUACCCACAAUGAUUUUGUAGAAAAAGAUGAUGCUGCAAAUGAGAGUACAGAUAUUGAGUCAAUAGAAUCUUAUUUAGGCGAUGAGAGCACAUCUGCAAAAGAAUCUUCUAUAGAAGAUAUUAAAACAAAGACUAUUAUGACUGAAAGUAGUUCUACGGAUCCUAGCAAGAACUCUUCUGCCCAAGAAAUUGACAGAAAUUAUGAGACACCACCACAGAGUACAGCAGAAUAUGUUACCACUGUCGAGAGUGCUGCAAUAGAUGCUUCUGCAGAACAAGAAGAUGCUAUAAAGGCCAAUACAAUUGAGAGAUCAACUACAAAAGAAUCUUCUAUUGAAGAUAUCAACGCAAAAGCUAAUAUACGUGAAAGUAGUUUGACAGAUCCUAACAAGAAUUCUUCUGUGCAGGAAAUUGACAGUACCAAUGAAACAACACCACAAACCACUAUUUUAAACAAUGAAGCAACGGCAAAUUUUGAAGAAUCGAAAAAUAGCAAAGAUCCUGUGAAUUCUUCGACUGAUGAAUUAAACGAAAAUGAAGCCCAAACCAGUAAUGAAACGCAAGCUUCACCCAACACAAGUAACGAAGAUCCAGAAUUAACAACUAGUUACGUCGCUUAAAAAAAAAUGGACUCCAAAACUUAAUAGGUCAGAUACCACUACUGCUCCUCGCUUUUACUUGGGUAAUUAUAACUUCUUUUUCAGCUGUACACAAUCUCUAAACAAACUUAAAAUUACAGGUGUAUAUAUUGCUAUCUCUUUUAUACUGCUUCCCGCAGAAAAGGAUAGCGUUAGAUUGAAACGGAUCAAAACACAAAACUUUUGUUCAGAAUGAAACAUCUAGUACACAAAACAGUCGUUGGGUUUGCUAACUUUGGAUCAAAAUUCAAUUUUAGGUUACCGCUACG